UUUGAUCUCCUCUCUUCUGAAUUGCAGAAAUCAGAUAAAACUACUUGAUAAAAUGAUUUCCUGUCACGCUGCUGAAGAUCCUAUUAAAAAGGUUGCUAUCUUUGGAGGAACUCAUGGGAAUGAACUAACAGGAGUAUUCCUAGUUAAGCACUGGCUGGAGAACGGCACUGAGAUUCAGAGAACAGGGCUGGAAGUAAAACCAUUUAUUACCAACCCAAGAGCAGUGAAGGAGUGCACCAGAUAUAUUGACUGUGACCUGAAUCGAGUUUUUGGACCUGAAAAUCUUGGCAAAAAAAUGUCAGAGGAUUUGCCAUAUGAAGUGAGAAGGGCUCAAGAAAUAAAUCAUUUAUUUGGUCCAAAAGAUAGUGAAGAUUCCUAUGACAUUAUUUUUGACCUUCACAACACUACUUCUAAUAUGGGGUGCACUCUUAUUCUUGAAGAUUCCAGGAGUGACUUUUUAAUUCAGAUGUUUCAUUAUAUUAAGACUUCUUUGGCUCCAUUACCCUGCUAUGUUUACCUUAUUGAGCAUCCUUCCCUCAGAUAUGCAACCACUCGUUCUAUAGCCAAGUAUCCUGUUGGUAUAGAAGUUGGUCCCCAGCCUCAAGGGGUUCUGAGAGCUGAUAUUCUGGAUCAAAUGAGAAAAAUGAUUAAACAUGCUCUUGAUUUUAUACAUAGUUUCAAUGAAGGAAAAGAAUUUCCUCCCUGUGCUAUUGAAGUCUAUAAAAUAAUGGAGAAAGUUGAUUAUCCCAGGAAUGAAAGUGGAGAAAUGGCUGCUAUUAUCCACCCUAAACUGCAGGAUCAAGACUGGAAACCAUUGCACCCUGGGGAUCCUGUGUUUUUAACUCUUGAUGGAAAGACUAUUCCACUGGGCGGAGACCAUACCGUGUACCCGGUGUUUGUAAACGAGGCUGCAUAUUAUGAAAAGAAAGAAGCUUUCGCAAAGACAGCUAAACUAACACUCAAUGCGAAAAGUAUUCGCUCCUCUUUACAUUAGAAAUCACUUCUAGCUCACUUGUUAUAGAGUACCUUGAAAAAUUCUACUAGUUCGUAAGCUCCUGAAGAGCAGGACUGUGCCUUAUUCAUUUCCACAGCACCUAGCCCAGUGCCUUGCACACAACGGACGUUCAGGUAAAUUUCUUGAAUGAGUGAAUACAUUAAUGAAUACCUUUUAUAGAUAUCGUACUUUAUGUAUGUAACUUAUUCAAAGAAGCACAUUUCUUAUUUCUGUAUAGCUUUUUAUACCUUAUACUUUGAUAGUUUAACAUUCUUGGUAAACAGCCUUUGAAUUUAAAAUUUAACAUUGAAAUAGAUACUAUAUACAAAACAAUAAUAACUUGAGCAUAUAAUUAAAUGUUGUAUGUUUUCAAGUAAUGUAAAAAUGCUACUAGAAACUAAUGGUAUUUUAAAUUUUUUCACAUUUGAAUUAAUGAUAAAGUAUUAAGGAUCCAGUCUAUCAACUUUAGCAGUAGUUGUGAUAUCUGUAGAUUUUUAAAUGCUCUUUUGAAGGUGAAACGUGAACAAGAAAUGAGGGCUGAUUGUAAAGGUGACAUUAUGAAUAAAUCAAGAAACUCUGAAUGGUCCUUUGUCCACUGACAGUCACCCACACAAAGCAUCACAAAGCAUCACUGCUCUGGCAUGCCCACUUGUUCUGCGCUGACCUCAGGGAGCGAAGAACCUCCUUCAGACCUCUCACACGCCCCGCUAGAAGCUCACGUUCCUUCCCAACUUGGGAGGCAUGUUGCUCCCAGCCCUCCCUUCUUACUUGGAAAGAACGGCGCUUGCCCUUCUUCCCAACCAACGUGUAAGGAAGUCUUUGGGCUCCAGUAGCAUAGGUAGUAAAGGCAGAAAGAGCAGAGGGCAGUGGACACUAGUGGAAAUGUGACCCAAAGCCAUCUCUGGUUCACAAAUGCAUUCUUUUAAGACAUUCCCCCCUGGCCUAAAUG